CAGGAUAGCUUGGCACAGGUGCAAGAAUAUGCGGAUGUCGGUAUUUCUGUGAGAGGCUCCUAUUAUCCGGGCAAUAAGGAGCCAAAAGAUGGCGAACGAAAGCUUUUCCUUUUCUUGGAGGCACGAUCAGAACUUGCACUGCGACGUGCACGAGAGGAAAUUUUGAGGAUCAUGAAAGACACUGUGCGACAGAUGGCUCAAACUGGAGCACGAAGUGCAGGAAUGGCAGGAAGAUAUAAAGUUUUCUAA